AUGUCUCGGCAGUCUGUCUGCAGGAGCUUUGGAGGAGGGAGCCGGAGGGGCUACAGCUCCUGCUCUGCCAUCGCUGGGGGCUUUGGAGGAGGGGGCAGCAGGAGCAGGAGCAGCUACAGCUCCUUCUCCAUGUCCAGGGGGCUUGGGGGCGCAGGACGCUGCGGUGGCUUCAGCAGCAAGAGCCUGCACAGCAUAGGUGGCACUGGAAGGAUUUCCAUGGGAGGCUGCUACGGAGGCAGGAUGGGAGGCUUCGGGGGAGGAGGAAUGGGAGGCUUUGGAGGGAUGGGUGGUUAUGGUGGAGGGAUGGGUAGUUAUGGUGGAGGGAUGGGCAGUUUUGGUGGAGGGAUGGGCAGUUUUGGUGGAGGGAUGGGUAGUUAUGGUGGAGGGGUGUGUGGUUAUGGUGGAGGAGGGAUGGGUGGUGGAGGGAUGGGAGGCUUUGGUGGGCCAGGCUUUGGUGGGCCAGGCUUUGGCAUGGCAGGCUUUGGUGGGCCUGGGCGAGGCGGCCCUGGGAUCCAGCCGGUGCAGAUCGACACAACCCUCCUCCAGCCAGUCCAUGUGGAGAUCGACCCCCAGAUCCAGCAGGUCAAAAUCCAGGAGAAGGAGCAGAUCAAGACCCUCAACAAUCAGUUUGCCUCCUUCAUUGAUAAGGUUCGCUUCCUGGAGCAACAGAACAAGGUCCUCUCCACCAAGUGGGAGCUCCUCCAACAGCAAGGACCUUCAGGGCCCAGGAAGAACCUGGAUACCAUCUUUGAAAACUACAUCCAGAACCUGAGGAGGCAGCUGGACUCCAUCCUGGCACAGAGGAACCAGCUGGAGUCGGAGCUGCAGAGCAUGCAGCAGUACGUGGAGGAGUUCAAAAGCAAGUAUGAGGAAGAGAUCAACAGGAGGACAUCUGCUGAGAACGACUUUGUGGUGCUCAAGAAGGAUGUGGACACUGCCUACAUGACUAAAGUAGAGCUGGAAGCCAAGGUGGGAGCCCUGACUGAUGAGAUCAACUUCCUGAGGUGCAUCUAUGAGGAGGAGCUGGCUCAGAUGCAGACCAUCAGCAGGGACCUGUCUGUGGUGGUGUCCAUGGACAACAACCGACACCUGGACCUGGACAGCAUCAUCCAGGAGGUCAGGCAGCAGUAUGAGCAGAUAGCUCAGAGCAGCAGAGCUGAGGCUGAGGCUUGGUACCAGAGCCAGUACGAGCAGCUGCAGAGCACAGCUGGCAGGCAUGGGGACAGCCUCCGCAACACCAAGAUCGAGAUCCAGGAGCUGACCAGGAACAUCCAGAGGCUGAGGGCUGAGAUUGAGAACGUCAAGAAGCAGAACAAUCAGGUGCAGGCAGCCAUUGCUGAGGCUGAGGAGCGUGGGGAGAUGGCCCUGAAGGAUGCCAGGAUAAAACUGGAGGAGCUGGAAACUGCCCUGAGCAAAGACAAGGAGGAGCUGGCUCGCCUGCUGAAGGAGUACCAGGAGCUGCUGAACGUCAAGAUUGCUCUGGAUGUUGAGAUUGCCAUGUACAGGAAGCUGCUGGAGGGAGAGGAGAACAGGCUGUGCAACGAUGGAAUGUCCAACGUCAAUGUCUCUGUGGUAGGCAGGACCACGAUCUCCGGAGUCAGAGGAGGCUUCGGCAGCGGCAGCGGCGUGGGAGGAGGCUUCGGCGGCGGCAGCUGCGGCAUGGGAGGAGGCUUCGGCGGCGGCAGCUGCGGCAUAGGAGGAGGCAUGGGAGGAGGAGCAGGCAGCUUCGGAGGGGGCAGCAUGGGCGGCAGCUGCGGCAUAGGGGGAGCGGUGUACGGCGGCGGCUUCUCGUCGGGCAGCGGCAGGGUGUGCGGCUCCGGCGGGGGCUCGUCCUCUGUGCGCAGAUGUGUGACCACCACCUCGGUCAAGUCUUCCGGAGUGAGGUUCUGA